CCGUUGGGAAGUACUUGAGGGCGACACGACCACAUAUAGUGUGCCAACGACACAACACAACACAAACACUUUCCAUAGCUUCUUGUCGUAUUCCUUCAACCUCUGUUUUUCUUUUCUUACUUCGCGUUGUUUUGUCGCGUGCUUCAAAUUCUAGCGGCAAGGACGAACGAGGGCGUGUUACUGUGUUUGCUUUGUUUUAUGCUUUUUGGUUCCGUUUGUUUUGUGAUGGAAAUGGAAGCCGCUGACGUGGUCGAAACGACGACGAAUCAUGCCGAACGGGGUUUGGAGAAGAAGAACAACAAGAGUGGUUUGAGAACGGAGAUUGAUACUUCAGCGCCCUUUGAAUCGGUGAAGGAAGCUGUUACUAUGUUCGGGGGUGGUUACUGGAAAUCACCCCUUCACAGUAAUAUUACGUGUGUGGCUUCUGGUUCUGAGCACCACAGAGAAGAGGUCAGCGCUGAAAAACUGGAGGAGCAGGCUGUGGUAUUGGAGAAAGAACUGAUCUUGAAAGAAAGGGAAACUCUUGAUGUGUUGAAAGAACUGGAAAGUACCAAAAGGCUUGUUGAAGAUUUGAAAUCAAAGAUACAGAAGGAAGAGUCUGAAGCAAAUUUGAAUCUUCAGAUGGGAAAAUAUGAUAAGAAAUCGGUUGUUGAUGAGAAUGUAGAAAAGGAAAACCAAAUGAGUCAAUUGAAUGUUCUUCAACCUUCCAGGGAAGGUUUUAUCCCCUACCCUUCAUCUACUCCAGGCUUAAUACUAAUGGAAUUGAAGCAGGCCAAAUUGAAUUUAACUAAAACUACUAAUGACCUUGCUGACGUCCAAACUUCUGUUGAAUCGCUUAAUAAGAAGUUAGAGAAGGAAAGAAUCUCACUUGAGAAAACACGUGAUAGGUUAGCUCAAAAUACUUUGAAGAUAUCUUCUCUCGAGGAAGAGCUAAACCAGACCAGAUUAAGGCUUCAAAUAGCAAAAGAUGCUGAAAUUAAAGGUGCUUUAGAUGACCCUUCAGAUAUUACAAGAGAGCUCCAGCAAUUAAGUUCUGAGGCAGAGAAUUUCAAAAGAAUGGGAGAAUUUGCAAAAUCAGAAGUUUUGAGAUCAAUGUCUGAGAUUGAACAGACAAAAACCAUGAUAAGAACUGCUGAAAUCAGAUUGCUAGCAGCCAGAAAAAUGAAAGAAGCCGCUAGAGCUGCCGAAGCUUUUGCCCUUGCAGAAAUUAAUGCUCUAUCUAAUCAUGACAGUUCACCUGGAAAUCAGGUUACUCUUUCAUUUGAGGAGUAUACUGCUCUGAUGGGCAAAGCUCGAGAUGCAGAGGAACAAUCUAAGAAGAGAGUUGCAAGUGCUAUGCUUGAAGUUGACGAAGCAAAUUUAGCAAACAUGGACAUUUUGAAAAGGGUAGAAGAAGCUACAGGACAAGUUAAAACCAGCAAGAAGGCCCUUGAAGAAGCUCUAGAAAGGGUAGAAGCUGCAAAUAGAGACAAGGUAGCAGUUGAAGAGGCUUUAAGGAAUUGGCGGUCCGAGGGUCAAAAAAAGCGUUCUUCUAUACACAACUCUACUAAGUUCAAAAACUGUUGCUUGUCUCAUCAUCGGAGAGAUCCUCGAUUACUCGAUGUGAAUGGAAUGCAUUUGGUAAAUGAUGAAGCCAGGCCAGUUCUAAAGCCAACCCUAUCAAUAGGACAAAUACUUAGCAGGAAGCUGCUUCAACCACAAGAGUUUGAAGCCAGAGAAGGAAUCUCGAUGAAACAGAAUGUGUCACUGGGUAAGAUGCUUGGCAAACAGAACAAUGAUCGGCCAGUUGACAGACAAGUUGAGAAAGAAACUGGCCAUAAGCUGUUUUCUACCAAGAGAAAGAAAUUUGGAUUUGCACGAUUCUCACAUAUAUUGUCAAAACAGAAGAAGAAGAAGCCAACCCUGAAUUUGAGGUGAUAAAUUGUUUGAACAAUUUGAUCAAUCUAGCAGUGACAAAAACUAGACUCUAGUUGCAUCUUCUAAAUCAGUCCUUGUCUCAUUCUCUUAUUGUGCUUGCUUGAAUAUCUUGUUUUUUUUAACAGUGUUUAUUUAGCUUUCAGUCCCUGCUUUUGUAUAUUAACUACUUAUUAGGUAUGCACUUCCAUUUGCUUCCUAUGCUAGUUGUAGAGAUGAUUCAUACGAAUUCUUAACCUCUUGCAUGAUGUGUUAUAAUUUUAAUUUGCCAUUUAUGUGUGUACAAUAGCAGCUAUGAGAUUUAAACUUA